GGCGGGAGCGCUCGCCGCGGCUCCCUGCAGCCGGAGCCGCAUGACGCGCAGAGGAGGCAGCGGGAGCCGCCGGAGCCGCGGGAGCCGGGAUCCCGUUGCCGCGCACGAGGGGUGGGCGCCGCUUGCUCCGCCCCGCGAAGCUCCUGCGCGCCCAGGGACGGGUCCCCUCCGCGACCGCCGCGCCGGGCCCAGCCGUGGGGCCGCCGCUGCUGCCAUGUCCCCGGGGAAGCCCGGGGCGGGCGGAGCGGGGACUAGGCGGACCGGCUGGAGGAGGCGGAGGCGGAGGCGGUGGCUGGAGGCGGCGAGCAGGGCGCCCGGGCUCGGGCGCACGGCGGGGCCCGACUCGCGCGGCCCGGACACGUUCCAGAGCGCGCGGGGCAUGAAGCCGGCGGCGCGGGAGGCGCGGCCACCUCGGCGUUCGUUCCGGCUGCGCUGGGCGCUGCCGCCGCUGCUGCUGCUGUGUCGCCUGGGCCAGAUUUUGUGCCAGAGUGAAUGUAAUGGCACCAGCUGUAGCACGGUUCCAGUCGUGUCCACAACCGCUGAGACUCAUCCUAGCUCGGCGCCAGGAAACUCUGCAGUACCAGCUCUGACUGAUUUGAGCAGCAGCCAGACCCCACGGAAUAUCUCGGUGAACGAGAAGAGCUCUGACUCCGUGUGGACAAUUGCUUCCAAAAGUCCAACCAGUGUGAAUCUGAAAUGGAGAAACGGCGACCAAGAUGCUCCUGAUUACAAGUAUACAGUAGAGAGUAAAGAUGGGCCGCUGAGUUACGUUCAAAGUCAAAGCGGCAUUAACAUCACAGACUUAAGUCCAGCAACUUUAUAUAACUUCUCCAUCACUCCAGAAAUAAAUGGGACUCAGAGAGACACCACAGUCGUAACUGUCACCACAGAGCCUCUUCCAGUUUCUCGUCUCUGCGUCGCCUUCAAUGGUACAGCGGAAGUUGCUCUCACCUGGGAGAUUGGUAAUGGCACUACCUCCUGCCGGAUUCUCCUUGAAGACAAGGGAAGCCACAAGGAGUUGGAUCAAAACUUGACAGUCAAUAUUCCAGACCUGAAGCCAGGGUGUACCUACGAGGCCCAAUGUGCUUCAGGAUCAGAGGAGAAACAGACAGACUCAGAGGCUGGAGGACAUGGCUCAGGUGCCACCGGCACAGGGGGCACGGCCGGGACUUGCCCCGUGAACAAACGCCAAUGCGGUCCUAAUGAACAACCCUCUGAUUCUUCUCCGACCAAUAAAACGGAAGUCCGGCUUCAUGGGUUAAAGUCUGGCAUGUGGUACAAGGCCACUGUUUAUUCUCAAGCAGGGGAUGGCACAGAAGGACAGCCCACGGCCACAGAAUUCAGGACAGAUUCCUUUCAGGUUUUGGACCUCGAAGCUGCCAACAUCAGUGCCACAAGCCUGACCCUGACAUGGAAAAUGAAUGAUAAUGGGUCAUGCUCGCUCUACACCUACAACAUAAACGUUGUUGGGGACACUGAUUUCUUCAACUUCACCGUCAAUAAGACUCAGACUGUCCUCACUGAACUCAGCCCGAAUACCUUAUACAACAUCACGGUGCAUGCUUCCUUCCAGGACGGUUCUGAGGGCACGCCGGGCUUCCUCCAAGUGUACACCCGUCCUGGUCCAGUUUCUGACUUUCGAGUCACGGUUAUCAGCACCAGGAGUAUUGGCUUAGCUUGGAGCAGCAAAGACUCGGAUUCCUUUAAGAUACUGACCAGGCAGGACGGAGCUGGAAUACCUCGGACGGAAAGAACCAACCAAAGCAGUAUUUCCAUUGGUAACUUAUACCCUGGCACCGAGUACUGUUUUGAAGUAUUUCCAGUAGGACGCAAUGGGACUGAAGGGGAUUCCUGGAGCAUCUGCAGCAUGACUGGCGCCAGUGGAGUGGGUGACAUCUGCGUGGUCCACGUCACCACGGCUGAGAUACGGUUGGAGUGGCAGAGUACAGACAACGCCUCGGACUACAUCUACCACUUACACCUGAGCUCUGCGGACGGCGCUAACCAGACCCACAACAGUUCUCACAGAGCCUUCACUUUCAGGGACCUGACCCCGGGCACCUUGUAUAACAUCACAAUUGUUCCAGAAGUGAAAGGCGUCCUGGGGCACCCCGGCUCCCUUCUGCAGUACACACGGCCCAGCAACGUGUCUGAUGUUAAGAUCAGCACCAACACCACCACAGCAACCUUCCACUGGCGGAACUCUGACAAUGACUCUGGCAUGUACACCUACCGCCUUCUUAUUGAGCGGGAAGGGGACUCCAGCAACGCCACUGAAGUAGUCACGGGUGUUGGCAUCACUGGUGCUACAGUCCCCGAUUUAAUACCUGGCUCAGGGUACACCGUACAGAUCUUCGCCCGGGUGGGAGAAGUCACCGAGUCACUGGGACCUGGCUGGCAGUCAUUCUGUACCGAUCCGGCCCCGGUAGCCUCCUUCCAGUGUGAGGUGGUCCCCAAAACGCCGACCUUGGUUCUGAGGUGGGCCUGCCCUCCCGGCACCAGCACGGGCUUUCAGGUGGAGGUCAGCAGAGGAGACUGGAGGAACGAGACAUACCUGGAGGGCUGCCCCCCGGAGGAGGCUGGAGCUCAGUACUGGACGGAAGUCACACAUUUGAAUUUCUCUACCUCAUAUGACAUCAACAUCACCGCCUUGUCCUGUAACAAGACGGCACCCCCUACCCAAAACUCCUGCAUCACGAGCAUCACAGACCCGCCUCCUCCAGAUGGAUCUCCUAAUAUCACAUCUGUCAGUCACAAUUCGGUAAAGGUCAAGUUCAGUGGGUUUGAAGCCAGCCACGGACCCAUCAAGGCCUACGCUCUCAUUCUCACCACUGGGGAAGCUAACCCGUCCACAGAGGUUUUGAACCGUACGUACGAAGAUUUCAAAAAGGGGGCCUCACCUACUUACGUGACAUACUUCAUAACAACAGGAGAAAAUGCAAGUUCUGAGGGCUUGUCUGAAGCCUUGAAGUAUGAAAUCAACGUGGGGAACGAGUCGAACACGCACGGCUAUUACAACGGGAAGCUGGAGCCCCUGGGCUCCUAUCGGGCUUGUGUGGCCGGCUUCACCAACAUUACCUUUGGCACCGACGGUCUCCUCAUAGAUGGGAACAGGAGCUACGUGUCCUUCAGUCGCUACUCAGAGGCUGUGUUCUUGCCCCAGGACCCAGGUGUCAUCUGCGGAGCAGUGUUUGGAUGUAUCUUUGGUGCCCUGGCUAUUGUGGCUGUUGGAGGCUUCAUCUUCUGGAGAAAGAAAAGGAAAGAUGCAAAGCACAAUGACUUGCCCUUCUCUCAAAUUAAACCUAAAAAGUCCAAGUUAAUCCGAGUGGAGAAUUUUGAGGCCUACUUUAAGAAACAGCAGGCUGACUCCAACUGCGGGUUUGCAGAAGAGUAUGAAGAUCUGAAGCUUGUUGGAAUUAAUCAACCCAAAUAUGCAGCGGAACUGGCUGAGAACAGAGGAAAAAAUCGCUAUAAUAAUGUUCUGCCUUAUGACAUCUCUCGCGUCCGACUUUCCGUCCACACCCACUCCGCGGACGACUACAUCAAUGCCAACUACAUGCCUGGCUACCACUCCAAGAAAGAAUUCAUUGCCACACAAGGACCUUUACCCAACACUUUGAAAGAUUUCUGGCGAAUGGUCUGGGAGAAGAAUGUGUAUGCCGUUGUCAUGCUGACCAAGUGUGUCGAACAGGGGAGGACCAAGUGUGAGGAGUACUGGCCCUCCAAGCAGGCCAAGGACUACGGGAGCAUCACUGUGGCGAUGACGUCAGAAAUCGUUCUUCCGGAAUGGACCAUCAGGGACUUCACGGUGAAAAACAACUUGACAAGCGACAGUCACCCUCUGCGACAGUUCCACUUCACCUCCUGGCCUGACCACGGGGUGCCCGACACCACCGACCUGCUCAUCAACUUCCGCUAUCUGGUUCGCGAUUACAUGAAGCAGAGUCCUCCCGAAUCGCCAGUGCUGGUGCAUUGCAGUGCGGGGGUUGGGCGGACAGGCACGUUCAUCGCCAUCGACCGGCUCAUCUACCAGAUGGAGAACGAGAACGCCGUGGACGUGUACGGGAUCGUGUAUGACCUUCGCAUGCACAGGCCUUUGAUGGUGCAGACCGAGGACCAGUAUGUUUUCCUCAAUCAGUGUGUCCUGGACAUUGUCAGAUCCCAGAGGGACUCGAAGGUAGAUCUCAUCUACCAGAACACGACCGCAAUGACAAUCUAUGAAAACCUCGCGCCAGUGGCCACGCUGGGACAGAUCAACGGUCACAUCGCCUAGUCCCAGGGGCAGCCCUUUCUGGAGUUGACUAGACCAUCACACCCCGGGCACAGGGAAGCGCCCCCUUGUGGACUUGUUUUUAUAUGUCUGGUAUCUUCAUUCUUUGUUCUGUUUUGUUGGAACUAAUCGAGGGUGUGAAGCUGCACACGUGACACCUGAUAAGUGAGAAGCUGGGGCUGUGGGGGGGGGCGGCGGGUGGGGGUGCACCCAUCAGUUACAUUCCUGGUCACCAAUGGGAUGAGUUCACUUCUUUUUUCCUUGAGAAUUACGGAAAAUUAGGACAAGUGAGCUAUGACUUUUUUUUUUUAAAACAGAUUUUUUUUUAAAAGACUAUUUUAUAUGAUCCACGUGCUAAAGCCAGGACUGUAUUGGGUUGAAUAUAUUUUAAGUAUCAGAGGUCUAUUUUUACCUACUGUGUCUCGGAAUCUCGCUGAUGGAACCUGCCUAACUGUGGAGGAUGGCCCUGUCGGCAGGCAUCCGUGGCUCCUCCCCCGCCGGGGUUUUCUAUUUGAACACGUGCCUUUUCUGAACUAUGCUUCCACAGGCAACACUCAGUAGAUUUCUAUAUUUUUGUAUUGAAUCUCGUAAUUGGAAUAUGUGGAAUAUUUAAACAGUAGUUUAGGAUCAGAAGUUCCGCCUUCUCAGUAACAUUCCUGCUCUUAUUUGAUUAGAGAAGGCGCCCCCCCUCCCACCCUUUUGUGUUCUGUUCUCUCCUCCCUUUUCCCUCCCAGUUUUCCCCAAAGACACGCCUGUCGGGCACAUUUUCAGCCCGUUGGCUGAGAGUGGAAACCAAGUAUCACCUUGAGAAUUUUGAGACUGGGGGAAGCAAAAGAACCCUACGGCGCUGGACUCUCCUUUUCUGGUCCCUGUUUCUUCCUUUUCCUCAUUUCUGUGUUUGGUAAGAAGGAUUAUUUAAAGGUGCAAUAUGUGAUUUAGUGAUUCAUGAUGCUCUAGGUUUUUAGUCACGUUUUACUCAGGUUGGCAUUUUAUGUGUGUCUGUGUAUGUGUGUGUUUAAAAGUGUGGCAAUCUGUGAACACUUCAGUGUGAAAACAGUGUCAAAUUAAUUCCUCCUCCUUCAAAGUCCACUGGCUUUAGUCUAUCUGCAGUGAAAAAUAUCGGUAUCUACUGUAUAUAUAUGUAUACUAAACUCUUCAAAAACAGUCAUUCCUUUGAAUUGAGGUGUACAAAGUUGGAAUUUGUAUCAAAGAUGUAAUUAUUAUUUUUAAAACCUCUUUCACUAUACUGCUGCUGUAAUUACUUUGAUUUUUAAAAAAGUGUAGAUUAACUUUUUUUUUUUUUUGCUUCAGAUGUGUAUCCACCAAGAAUUUCAGAAUUUAUGUUGAUUUAUUUUAUUGGUACAUAAUCUGUAAACUUCUCAAGGCAUUAACAUGAAAGGAUUGUUUCUUUUUAUUUUAUAUUGUGGCUCAGGUUAUAUUGUGGAGAAGUGUUGAGUGUGUCCUUCAACAGGCAAUGAAGUAUACAAGGUCGUAUGAAGGAAUGUCCGGGUCCCCGAAAGCCCGUGGCCGUGGGCCACAGCCAUGAACCUGCUGUAAACUUGGGACACACGUGUCCUGUUGAAGACGGGGCCGGUCUUCUCCGAGCGCCCCGGGCCGCGUGCCCGGGGGCAGCCCGUCUCCUGACCCCGCCUCGCUCCUCAGCUCGCCGGCACUUUGAUGACAGACUGGACAUGUGACUGGGUAUUUUGGGGUCAUGAAGGAUGAACCACAACGUACUGACGUCCCUCGAUUCAGUUCAGGCGUCAGUGCCGGGAGUCUUUUGUCCCCUUUUCCCGUGGAGGUACCGAAAAAAUUAAAAGGAGAGGCGACGGUGGUGUCAGGUUUUGGGAGACGCUUACGUCCCAAAUGGAAAUUGCACUUUUUGCUGAAUCCUUUGCUAUCUUUUGUAGGGAGCAGUUCAUUCAGUAUCCGACCCUUGAAGGAAUGGGUGGGCCAGCCAGGUCGGGCCCCCUGGGCUCAACGUCAGAGGGGCCCUGGGCUCUGCAGGUUUCAGGGAAGCCACGCCCUCCCGUCCGCGGUGUUGGGGGCAGCCGGGUCUGGGCGGAUUGCUUCCAAACCCUCACACUGGCCUGGCCCCCCAUCCGGUGCGUGCAGAUCUCGGUGCGCCCCACAGCGCCACCCGGAGGUCCCUGUGCACGCGGCAGCUCUGGGGCCACACCCCGCCCCACUGCAGUUUGUCAGGAAACCAUUGCGACUGAAAUCCGGUGGAGAUGCCCGCCCUGCCCUGCUCUGCCCACACCACUGCCAUGGAGACUCGGGGUGGGGGAAGGGCUGGGCUCUCAAAAUUCCUUUGAAACUAAUGAAAACAACAAUAAUUAUAACCAUGUUGCAUGAAAAGUCAAAAAACAGAAGCCCUCCUCCCUUCCGCCUGGUGUGGGCCUGGGAGCCGGGCAGUAGCCCACAAGCCACCGCCUGGCGUCACUGCGGAUCCCUGGGGAAGGUUCCUGCUGGGGAGGUUCGGAUUCCACAUGGCAGGUCACCCAGAGGUCACGAUGCCUCUCUGCGCCCUGAGGACAGCUGGGGGUGCGGCCCAUGGGGGUGGUGACCGUAUUUAUAACAGCGAUGGAAAAGGGAAGAUUAAUAUGUAAAAAAUAUAAAGGAUAUAGGGGGUGGGGGUUAGUGAUCACAGGAAAGAAAGAUGUUUUCCAGCUCCUGUCCCAAACCCAGGAGCGAGGAACUCAGAUUUGAGGCGUUGAGUGGCAUCGUGGAGCUGGUGGAAUGCCCUGCUGUAGCAUUGGGGUUGCCCACAGGAGAGCAGCCAGGGAGGGACCCGCCGGCCGUCAAAGAGCCAAAGAUGGGUGGGCAGUGGCUUGGGGGAUUUGGGUCAUGGGGUCUCUUCUCAGAGCAAAGAUGUUUCACCUCCAAAGUUAAAUGUAGUGACGACUGGCGCCAGGAGGAAAUGACAUUUGGGGUCUGCUCUCUGUGACCAUGUAGUGACCUCCAGCUAGACUUCGGAAGCGUGGACUCCACUGGAUUUGGGCUUCACCAGGUCAGGGGCUGCUGGGGGGGGUGGGGGGCCGUCCCGCGCCGCUGACUCACGUCUGCUUUUCAUCUGGGAUGGAAAAGCCUGGUUUCUUCCAGAAUGCUGGAUUGUGCUUACUGAGCUCAGCUGGACUUGGUGACUGAUGUGGUUUGGCCUCAACGGUCCUGAGCUCUGAGCUUUCACUCUCCAGAGCGGUUGAGUGCUCUACAUACUGUAGCCCUCCACUCCGCCCCGCCCCCUCCCCCCCUCCCCACCCCCGUGGGGCACAGAUGGUAGGAUGUGUUGAUGUAGACUCUAAAACUGUAAUUUUCUUGUAACUAUUUUGGAAUGAUGCAUAUUUCUAAUGUUUGUUACACUUGUACAGAAUAUUGCUGUUGGUUGCUUUUCUUUGUUUUGUAAGGAAAAAAUGGACUGGAAAAAAAUUUUUUUAAAAAGACUUACAAAUACCAAAUAUAAAAAAUGUCGAUACAUUA